AUGUUCGUUACCGCUGUCGUUAUUUUAGUCGUUUAUCUCGUGACAAAAGUGACUGCUCAGGACCAAUCUCUGAGGGCAGUAACUCCUCAGUCACCGCCUCUGCCUUUCCUAGACCUAUUUACUGGUGCCUCGAGUCACUACUCCGAACCUAUACAUAAAACUUACUCUGAUGAUUAUUAUCAUUCUUCGUGUCCGAAAUCUGAUACGUUAGCCUCCUUCGCCAAUGUACUAGGAAGUGUUGCUAAGAUUAUGGUGUCAGUAGCAGUUAUGGCGCUUUUGAAAAUACUUGGCGGAAAACUUUUGUUAUUGCCAAUAACGGUGAUGGUGCUCGCGAAAAUGAGUUUGAAAGCGAUUUUACUAUGGCCUUUCAUAUCAAAGAUAAUUAGGUAUUUGAGAAAGAAGAAAAAGAAGAAGAAUAAAGCUAGAGUCAUCAGGGACUGUUCGGAGAGGCUUGCGUGUGUGUUGCAGAGGUCUUCGGACAGUGGUUGGGGCAGUAACUUCGGAUCGGCUUUAACGUUCUUUAUGAUCGAUGACGUCAAUGAAGACAGCUUUGUUGCUAAGACUCUGUUGAGUAUUCUAGCUGGUGAAAAGGUCGCGGAAUGUAUGUCAUUGGACUGCAACUCGGGCAGUGAUAUUAGCUGACACGGCUACCUAGUUGCAAACUAACUUUUACCUGUGACUUUCGUAGAUAAAAGUAUUUAAAUUUAAUUACAUAUUUAGAGUUCCUAACUUGUUAAUUAAUUACAUGGUCGUUAGAAGAAUUUUACUUAGGUAUGUAAGUAUAUGGGUGUUGGAUUUCUCACAUACU